UUGGCAUUUCAUCCUGCGUGGGUGGGGCUUAGUGGCAUUUGCUUUCGGAGGUGUGGCCUGCCAUGCCAAAGCACGCAACGCCCAUCAAGCAUGCGGACGGCGGCUUCACCAUCAACGGAUGCACGUUCCACGUGGACCCCAAGUACGAGCCGCUGGACGCGAUCGGCCAAGGCUCGUACGGAGUCGUGUGUUCUGUCCUAAACACGGUAACCAAGGAGAAGGUUGCGAUCAAGAAAAUCACACCCAUGGCCGGAGACGAAUGGGACGCGACCCACACGCUUCGCGAGAUUCGUCUGAUGCGAUGUCUGGGCGAGCAUGACAAUAUCAUUUCGCUCAAGGACUUGACCAUGUGCGUCGAAAAAGACGAGCUGUACAUGAUGAUGGAACUGGCAGACACCGACCUCCACCGACUCAUCCAGAGCUCGUGCCCAUUGCACGAAGGCCAUAUUCGAGUGAUCAUGUACCAGUUGCUGUGUGGCGUCAAGACCAUGCAUGACAACGGCGUGCUCCACCGAGACCUCAAACCUGGCAACCUUCUCGUCAACAAAGAUUGCGAGCUCAAGAUCACGGACUUUGGCUUGGCGCGAAUGGUGCCCAAGGAUUUACAGAACCGAGACGCCAACGACGAUUCCGCCAGUGUGUCGUCCCCCAUGACUGAAUAUGUGGUCACACGGUGGUAUCGUCCCCCGGAGCUCAUGCUAGCCCCCAAUGGCGUGUACGAUGGCGCGGUGGACAUGUGGUCCGUGGGGUGCAUCUUGGGGGAGCUCGUCACGCGCAAGCCGCUGUUUCCCGGGUCGGACUUUAUGGACCAGCUCACGCGGGUGUUCAAAGUGAUUCAGAUUCCACCGAAGGCCCAGCGGGGCUACAUCAUCGAGAAGGACGCGCUCAAGUUCUUGUCGUCGCUGCCCGCGACGCCGCCCAAUGCCCUGGACAAUCUGUGCAAAGGCAAGGACGUGUCGCCCGACACGAAGGACCUGUUGGAGCGGCUGCUGUGCUUCAACCCCAAGGAGCGCAUCGGGGUCGACGAAGCCCUCGCCCAUCCGUUUUUCAAGGGCGUCGACAUCGAAUGGGGCGUGAUCCCACCGCUCCAGCUCGCCCACUCGCUCGAGUUUGCCUUUGAGGACCAAUCGCUGCCGUUGGACGUGUUGCGGCAGUACAUCAAGGACGAAGUCGCGGCGUUCCAGGUCAAGACGCAAACGAUCGAGUCGGGUACCCAGCCAGAGGACGACGAGAAUGGCGGCGUGGCCGACGUCGCGACUGCACGAAACGGCCCCCUGGCCCAAGACACCCCCACGACGGCCGUGACCACCAAAGGAUCCCACGUCCCCCUUGCAACAGCAUCGAGACGGACGUCGGCCACUGCUGCGGACGGGAAUUACGCCGCCGGACUCGGCUUUACCCUUAAAGGAUGCGAGUUCAACGUUCCGUCCCAUUACCGUGCCAUCCACGUGCUUGGUGAAGGCUCGUACGGAAUCGUAUGCUCGGCCACCGACGCGACGACAAACCAGACCGUGGCCAUCAAGAAGAUCACACCCAUGGCGGGCGACGAGUGGGAUGCCAAGCACACACUGCGGGAGAUUCGGCUCAUGCGAUACUUUGAACACCAUCCGAACAUUGCGUCGCUGCAAAACUUGAGCACAUGCAUUGACAAGGACGAGCUGUACAUCAUGAUGGGUCUUGUGGACACGGACCUGCACCGGCUGAUUCAGUCCAAGACAAAGCUCGAGGAAAACCACGUUGCCGCUAUCAUGUACCAGUUGCUAUGUGGUGCUAAAGCACUCCAUGAAAACGGCGUCCUGCACCGCGACCUGAAGCCCGGCAACAUCCUCAUUAGCAAAAACUGCGACGUCAAGAUUACAGACUUUGGGCUAUCCCGGUACGUCCCCGAAGGCCGCACGUCUGCACACCCACCGUCGUCGUUGUCGGACAAGUCGGCACCGCAGCUCAUGACCGAGUACGUCGUCACGCGGUGGUACCGCCCACCGGAGAUCAUGCUGGCCCCUAACGGCACCUACGCAGACGCCGUCGACAUGUGGUCCAUUGGGUGCAUCUUUGCUGAACUGCUCAACCGCAAACCGCUGUUCCCAGGAACCGACUUUAUCGACCAACUCACGCGGGUGUUUUCUGUGCUCCCGGUACCACCCAAAGAGAAGCGUGGCUACACGGUGGAGGGUGACGCGCUCAAGUUUUUGGAGUCGCUGCCCCGCUGUUCGCCGCAAGCGCUGACCAAAGCGUUCCGAAAGGCGUCCCCCGAGGCCGUGAGUUUGCUCCGCCGGCUGCUGUGCAUCAACCCCACGCGCCGGAUCACAGCGGACCAGGCGCUACAGCAUCCGUACUUCAAGGCCGUGCGGGCGCAGUUGGGCGAACCCGUGGCGUUCCAUGUGUCGGCAUCGUUCGACUUUGAGUUUGAUCAAAACGACAUGAGCCUACAUACGUUGCGCGAGCUAAUUCAGGACGAAGUGCGGUUGUUUGCCCGGGGUAGCAGCGACAAGGACGCAGCCGAGGUGAAAUGUGGUGCUUUAUCUAGUACCGCGGCCAAGCCAACAGCCAUCAAGAGUGGAGGGGACACGACCGUUGAAGGAGCCAACGACGACGAGGAAGAUAAUGAUGUUCAACCUGUCAGCGUCGCCAAGCCCACCGUGAACACCAACCACGACAGCUUGAGCACGAACCAAGCCACACGUGCCAAAGUGAACAACCGGGAUGUCGAUAGCGGUGACCUGUCUAGCGCCCCCAAGAGCGUCGAGAGAUUUCCGGAAACCAACGCCGUGGACUCACCUCACGACAAAGCCGACCGCCGCCGCCUUGGGGACGAAAAUGGACAAGGCAGCGACGAAAAGCAGCAGCAGCAGCAGUCGUGGGCGGACCAAUCGGCGCACCAGCAGAAGCAGCAGCAGUCGUGGGCGACGGACGGCAAGGGGCGAGCAGCUGACAACCGCAAAGCCGCCGGGCAUGGCGAACCCACGGAAUUGGACUCGGACGAUGAUGACGACGAUCACAUUUACGUCGAGGGCGAGUCCAAGAAGGCGAGUUUAGACAGCACCCAGCCGGGAUCGUCUGACUGGGACGACGACGACGGCGACGAGCUUCUGGAAGCCAUCCAGAAACACAAUCAGGAUGCCCUCGCCACUGGCGACUCCCGCGUCCACAUUGCUCGGCCACCAUCGAACCAAGAUCAAUGCCAUGACGAUGACGAACAAGAAGAAGACGCGGACAACGACCGACGAGGCAGCCACCCGUCCGCCGUCAUCGCGGCGGCGGCGGUGGCGCCGCUUCCCCCUGGAUGGGAGGAACGUUUCAAUAAAAAGUACAAUCGCGCAUACUACGUGGACCAUGCAACGAAAACGUCGACGUGGGAACGCCCGGUAACCGGAAGUCGACCCACCACUCCGUCCGCCACCACGUUGGACAAGAAACCGGUGAGUGCGAUCGCCCUUGCCAGCACGACCACCACGAGCUUGGUGUCGUCCGGACUGGCGGGUCUCUCCGGCCUGCUGAAGAAGGUGCUGCCCCCCGCGCCGAUCGCGGCGGUGGUCGCAUCGUCGUCCAUGCCGGACGUCCUGCCUAAGAACUGGGCCCGUCGCACGGAUGCCAAGACCGGCCGCCUCUACUACGUCAACUUGCUCACCAAGAAGUCGUUUGCGAGGCUGCCGUCCAGCGUGUCGGCGUCCAUGGUGCAGAAAACCAACCCGAAAGACAAAGACGACAAAACUAAGCGCCCCGUGACCGUGCCCCAGAGCCCGCAGUUCUCCCAAAUGUCGUGGCAGCGCAAGACGCGCACCUCUGUGGGCGGCAGCCGCCACGAGUGACCACGAAAUGUGACGACGUUCGUGCUGAGAUUUACACCAACGAGGAUGGGUACAUAUGUGGUAUUAAUAAUGUAGUGUAACAUUUUUAUACUGGAUA